UGUCAAGGAAGUCUCAACACCAAUAGAACCGAUCCACACGAGAGCAUCCAAAUCGCCGCAGGAAUGGGCACGAACGAUCUUGAUCUCGUACAGAGCCAUCUCUCUCACCAUGAUAUGCCGGUGGCCAAUGAGUUCCACGAGGUAGACGCAGAACAAUACCUGCGCUUUUCCCCGACUCGCAAGAUCGCCAUUGUCUUUGUCCUGUCAUUCUGCUCUUUCCUGGCUCCUAUCUCCUCAACCUCAAUUCUAUCGGGUAUCCCGGAGGUAGCAAAGACAUAUAACACCACCGGCAGCGUAAUCAACGCCAGCAAUGCCCUAUAUCUGGCAUUCAUGGGGGUCUCCGCCCCAUUCUGGGGCCCGUUCAGUCAGGUCUGGGGACGACGUCCGAUCUUCCUCGCAAGCGCCUUCCUCUUCUUCGCUUUCAGCAUUGGAACCGCGCUAGCCCCGAAUCUCCCGUCGUAUUUCAUCUUUCGCAUCCUCACUGCCUUUCAAGGAACUUCCUUUCUCGUAGUCGGUAGCUCUGCCAUUGGUGAUGUCUACGAGCCCCGUGCUCGCGCAACAGCACUAGGAUGGUUUCUAUCUGGCACACUGAUCGGUCCAGCAUUCGGUCCAUUCAUCGGCGGCGUGAUCGUCACAUUCUGCUCCUGGAGGGUAGUGUUUUGGCUACAGACUGCACUAGGUGGCUGCGGCACUCUUCUGGUCUUUUUCUUCUUCCCAGAAACAUAUCCUCACGUCGACAAGUCCGAUCUCACACAAAUGAGCCUCUCUCAAAAAACAAAAUUCCUCGCCCACCGUGCGAACCCCGUCCGCGUCGCUGUGCUCCUCUUUACGUAUCCUAAUCUGUUCUUCGCGGGCCUUGCAGCUGGUGCUCUAGUCUGGAACCAGUAUUCACUACUUACGCCCAUUCGAUAUGUGCUGAAUCCGCGGUUCCAUCUCACCAGCCCGAUUCAAUCAGGUCUCUUCUACAUCGCUCCCGGAUGUGGAUAUCUUCUUGGUACGUUUAUGGGCGGUCGAUGGGCAGACCACACGGUUAAAAAAUGGAUUCGGAAGCGCGGGAGACGCGUCCCCGAGGAUCGACUCAAGUCGUGCCUUGUCUUUCUGGGGGUUCUCAUCCCGGGAUGUAUCCUUGUCUACGGGUGGACCGUUGAUCAGGCUGUUGGUGGGAUCCCGGUUCCUGUCCUGGCAAUGUUCUUGCAGGGUGUCGCGCAAUUGUUCUGCUUCCCGAGUUUGAAUACCUAUUGUUUGGAUGUGAUGCAAGCGAAGGGUCGCAGUGCGGAAGUUGUUGCGGGGAAUUACAUGUUCAGGUAUGUUUUUGCCGCCAUGGGCUCAGGACUUGUCCUUCCUGCUGUGGAGGUAAUUGGCGUUGGAUGGUUUAGUACCAUCAGUGCGGUGUUUUUAGUAGCCGCAGGACUUUGUGUCUGGGCUACUACUAUAUAUGGAGAUAAGUGGCGUGAUAGAAUUGAUGCAAAGGACCAGCGCAAAGCGGCUGCUAGAGGUGAGGCGGGGCCCAUGCAGGACGCGGAGAAGAAAGCCGAGGUUUGA